AUGCAUCAAUCAUAUCUCGUCAGCCAGCACGGCACAGCACAGCACAACAGUACGAUUAUUUGUUUGUUUGGUUUCUUCUCGGAGCUCUCUACUCUACGCAGCCAAUCCACAUUCCUCAGCUAUAACAAAACCGGGGUUUCUUACCAAAACAAGUGCCUUGUGUCAGAUCAAAAAGGCGGGCGGCAUGAAUGUAGACCCGCGCUUGUCCACAUGGGUACCCGACGCACAUUCCAGCGGUCGGCCGACCCAAGCUCUCUGAGUCUGUUCUCUGACCGUUAA